AUGAUUGAAAACGAUACUUUAAAUGAGGACAUCUUACGGAUAUGUCCAUUAUGUCAUUCUGUUGUAAGACUAUUCUUUAUAAACUUGGAUGAGAAGAUGCUAAUGUGUGAAAACACGAAAUGUGAAUUUCCAUUUGGUUAUGAGGAAUUGCAAUUUGUAAAGGAGGAUAGUGAAAUUGAUUCUGAUAUGGGCGUGUUGAGUUUCACUAGGAAUGAUAGAGGAUCCACCUCCACAUCUAUCAUAUCCACUGCGGCUUGGGCGGAAAUUGAUAAAAUGAACAGUGUGUGUGAAUCGGAGGAGAGGCAGCUCUCAAGUUUCAGUGAUCUGCUAAAAUUAAAGAGCACAAAUAAGGAACUAGAGAGGCAGAUUAAUAAUGACUUGGAAAUACAACGGAAUGUGGAACACCUAAAAGGGCUCACAAGGGAAUUGAAUUUCAUAGAGCAGGAGACAAGCGAAAGUGAAGUCAUCAAAAAUGGGAAAUGGAUAAAGAACUUAUUGAACUUACAGGGCCAGUCAGGAAUGCAACUGCUGAAGCAGCAAGAAAUAGAUCAGCUGAGACGGGAAGAACCAAUAUUUGGUGGUGGAGAGCUAAAGAUCGACAUAGAUACCAAUAGAAAUGACAUCUCUUCUAUAAAUAUACAAAUUACAAACAAAGAUGAUGGUAGAGUUCCAUCACAGGAUGUUACU